GUCGGCAAUAGUAUUUUAAUCACUUCUCGCGCCCUGCCGCAAGCCAUUGGACCCUCUCUACGUUUACAUAUACAUCGUCCGGAUUAUCGCAAGCUACCAUGUCAUCGCUGUCUCCGGACCAAAUUGAAGGAGGCGCCUCCCAGGCCUCGACAGAAGGCACUGACAAGGGUGUCCUCUCUUCCCUGAACCUCAACUUUUUCAAGAACCUAUCGGACAAAAAAGUCACCCGCACCGGUAAUCCCCCCAAGCGACGCGGACCAAAGCCAGACAGCAAACCCGCCUUGACUAGGCGGCAAGAACUCAACCGGCAAGCUCAACGAACCCAUCGCGAGAGAAAAGAGAUAUACAUCAAAGCACUAGAAGAUGAAGUCAUUAGAUUGAAAGAAGUCUUUAGCACAAUGUCUCUGGAUAAGCAAAAGCUGUAUGAUGAGAACAAGCAGCUCAAAGAAGUCCUGGCCCAGAGAGGCAUUCAGCUCCCAAAGCUGAGCAGUGUGGACGACUCGGGUAUCAGUGCCACUCAGGCGAUGAGUGUAAGUGCUUCGGGCAACAGCUUUGCGCACGGCUCCCAGGGUGGCUUCUCGCCUACCGGCAUGUCGCAAUCAACCGGCAUGUCAAUGUCGCCGGACAACCGCCAGCCGUCACCUGCUGGCAACGGGGUUGAUCAUGAGCAGGCUGGUAUUGACUUCGUCUUAACGCUCGAAAAGCCUUGCAUGGCACACAUGCCAUUCCUGGUUGACAGAGCGAGCGACGCUGACGGCGCGCCCUGUGGCCACGCCUUGAUGGCGUCUUGCCCUCCUGCGCCGUUUCAAGAGCUGACCCCAGACACCCCCUUCGGCAGUAAACACACGCACGACCACGGCGGAGAGUUUGAAAAACAAGGCACAUGGGAGCUCACCAAGGCCGAUCUGACCACGCUCCUAGACCUCAGCAAACAGCUCAACCUAGAUGGCGAGAUCACCCCGGUCAUGGCGUGGAGAAUGGUUACGUCGCAUUACAGGUUCAACGAAUUGGCUCCGGGCGAUUUGGAAAAGCUUUCGGAGGAGUUAUUACGGAAAAUCAGGUGUUAUGGCUUUGGUGCUGUCAUGGAGGAGUUUGAAUUGCGGGAUGCGCUAGAGAAUAUCUUCUCUGGUCGCCCAGAAGCAAUGGUCUUUUGAUUUCCACUCAUGUUCCCUCCACUUCUCUCUCGCUUAGGGUCCCUCAUUCUCGCUCCCUCUUAUUCUCUCGCUUUAUUCUUCUUGGUGUGAAGUCACCAUAUUGGAUCUUUUCCUCUAUUUAAUGAUGGUUCAUGUAUUUGUCUAAAGAGAUUCCAGGACGCACCUUGGUCGCGUCCAUGUCAAUGGCGGUUUUGGCUUUGCUGUUAUGUAGUUACGAUGUACACACAUAUAUAUAAAUGUUUUGAGUCACUAAUCUGAACAAUCCCGAGUAUUCUUCACCCU